AUGGCAUACGUUUUGACAGAGACCUCUGCCGGUUAUGCCCUUUUGAAGGCUUCAGACAAGAAGAUCUACAAGUCUUCGUCGCUGAUUCAGGACCUGAAUACUUCUGACAAAGUUUUGAAGCAGUUCAAAGUGGCCGCUUUUUCGAAAUUCGGUUCUGCUGCUGAGGCUCUACAGGAAGCCAACAGUAUCGUGGAAGGCAAAGUAUCAAAUCAAUUGCAGAAACUUUUGGAUGAGAGCAAGGCCGACAAAAAGGCGACUUUGGUCGUUUCUGAGACCAAAUUGGCCAACGCCAUCAACAAAUUGGGUCUAAACUUCAACGUUGUGUCCGAUGCCGUCACUUUGGACAUUUUCAGAGCCGUCAAGGAGUACUUGCCCGAGCUUCUACCAGGCAUGAACGAUUCAGACAUGUCCAAGAUGUCUCUAGGUCUUGCCCACUCGAUCGGCCGUCACAAGCUCAAGUUUUCUGCCGACAAAGUCGACGUCAUGAUCAUUCAGGCCAUUGCGCUUCUUGAUGACUUGGACAAAGAGCUCAACACCUACGCCAUGAGAUGCAAGGAAUGGUACGGCUGGCACUUCCCAGAAUUGGCCAAGAUUGUGACCGAUUCUGUUGCGUACGCGCGUUUGAUUUUGGCCAUGGGUGUCAGAUCCAACUGUGCUGAGACUGACCUCACCGAAAUUCUUCCAGAAGAAAUCGAAGAGCGUGUCAAGGCUGCUGCCGAAAUUUCCAUGGGUACUGAAAUCACGCCUGUCGAUUUGGACAACAUCAAGUGCCUAGCCACUCAGAUCACCGAGUUUGCUGCUUACAGAGAACAACUGUCCAACUACUUGUCUGCUAGAAUGAAGGCCAUUGCGCCAAAUUUGACACAGCUUGUUGGAGAAUUGGUUGGAGCUAGAUUGAUCGCUCACUCCGGUUCUCUUAUCUCCCUUGCCAAGUCUCCUGCCUCUACGAUCCAAAUUCUAGGUGCCGAGAAGGCUUUGUUCAGAGCGCUAAAGACCAAGCACGACACACCUAAAUAUGGUCUUCUAUACCAUGCAUCCUUGGUUGGACAAGCCACUGGUAAGAACAAGGGUAAGAUCGCUAGAGUUCUAGCUGCCAAGGCGGCUGUUUCUCUGCGUUAUGACGCUUUGGCCGAGGACAGAGACGAUUCUGGUGACGUUGGUUUGGAAGCCAGAUCAAAGGUGGAGAGCAGACUAUCGCAAAUUGAAGGUAGAGACUUGAGAACCACUCCAAAGGUGGUCCGUGAAGCCAAGAAGGUGGAAAUCACAGAAGCCAGAGCCUACAACGCCGAUGCAGACACUGCCACCGAUGCAGCUCAGGCAUCUGUUGAUUCUGACGAAGAAGACUCCGAUGCUGAAGUAGAGACCGAAGUAAAGGAGAAGAAAGAAAAGAAGGACAAGAAGGAGAAGAAGGAGAAGAAGGAAAAGAAGGACAAGAAAGACAAGAAGAGAAAGAGAGAUGACGAGGCCGCAACCGACGACAAGGAGUCCAAAAAGUCCAAGAAAGACAAAAAGGACAAAAAAGACAAAAAGUCCAAAAAGGACAAGAAAUAA